CUCAGGUGUGUUAAAUUGCAAUCAUGGCUGCGGCGCAACAAAUUACGAAGAAACGAAAGGCCGUUCAAGAUGGUGUUUUCAAAGCUGAAUUGAAUAAUUUUCUCAUGAAAGAGUUGGCCGAAGAUGGCUACUCUGGUGUGGAGGUUCGUCGAACUCCUGCUCGUGCCGAGGUGAUCAUAAUGGCGACGCGUACUCAAAGUGUAUUGGGUGAACGUGGUCGUCGUAUUAGAGAAUUGACGUCCGUUGUACAGAAACGUUUCGGAUUCGCUGAGGGAUCUGUUGAGCUUUACGCUGAAAAGGUGUCGAACCGUGGUUUGUGUGCAGUUGCUCAGUGCGAAUCACUACGAUACAAAUUGGUUGGUGGUCUUGCAGUCAGAAGAGCAUGUUAUGGUGUACUUCGUUUCAUCAUGGAAUCGAAUGCUCAAGGUUGCGAGGUAAUCGUGUCAGGAAAAUUGCGUGGACAGCGAGCAAAAUCGAUGAAAUUCGUUGAUGGUUUGAUGAUCCAUUCUGGUCAACCAGUAAAUGACUAUAUUCAACAGGCCGUACGACACGUUCAACUUAGACAAGGUGUAUUGGGAAUAAAAGUGAAAAUAAUGUUGCCGCAUGAUCCGAAAGGACAGAUGGGACCACGUUUGGCACUGCCAGAUCAGAUUCAUAUUCAAGAGCCGAUCGAAGCACCGAAACCAGCAAUGCCAUACUCGGAGCACAGGCAAGACAAGAAAGAAAUGAUGCCUCCUGUGCCCGGACAAGGACCACCAAUGACUGGAUAUUAAUGUGUUUGUAUGGCGCUGUACCGUUGUUUGUUAAUGCGUCUUUUAAUGUGUU